AUGGCAACAGCUGCGGGUGACAAUUUAGAGUUGCUGAAUAAAGUUGGGCUUUUCUGUGAGAACCAAGUUGAUCUCCCAGUAUCUGUCAGCCAAGUUGCUGCAGCCCAAGCCAUAGCAGAAGAAAGGAGGAGCCAAAGUGGCAUUAGCCCUAUUGCAGUCCAGACCUCAAUAAAUAUAAAGACAGCAACUAAACCAGUGAUAGAUGGUUCUACUCUAAGAACAGAAGAGAGACAAAGACUGGCCAGGGAGCGCAGAGAAGAGCGGGAAAAGCAACAUGCUGCCAAAGAGACACAAAUCCUCGAAAAGGAGAGAAAAGCAAAACUCCAGUAUGAAAAACAGUUAGAAGAAAGGCAGAGAAAGCUAAAAGAACAGAAGCAGAGAGAGGAACAACGGAGGGCAGCAGUAGAAGAAAAGAGAAAACAAAAAAUAGAGGAGGAAAAGGGGGGGGAGGGAGGCGUUCUGCACCGGACCCUGGAACGGAGCCAGCGGCUGGAAACACGGCAGAAGAGAUGGUCAUGGGGAGGGUCUGUAACUCCAGAUUCAGAGAGCAAAACAGAGCAACAGCCUGCAGAUGAAGGUGGAACUGGUGCCAGCAAGCAGCCCCCCUCCCCAGCCAACCUCAGACAGGCAGAAGCUGCCAUGAGCAAACGUCUCUCAUCAUCUGCUGCACUUCUAAAUGCUUCUGACCGAAGUACCACAAAGAGAAGUGCCUCAUUAAACAGGCUGAAUAACAAAGUUCCUCCACAUUCCCAGCAGUCAGGACUCAAAGGUUCGCAGGCGGAACAGAAAGGAGGAACAGAAAAGAAGAGGAGCACAUCUUUGAGUAGAAUGAGUAGUAAACCCCAGUCCUCUCCAGAACUAGAAAAAGUGAAAAAGGAAGAAAAAACAGCUCGUCGCCCCCAGCUCAGUCCCCUGGACAGUAGCAUCAUCAGCCGCCUCCUGGCCCCCACACAGGCCUCCUUAGCUAGGAGUAAAAGUGCUGCUGCAUUGUCGGCUGAUGGACAAGAUCCCUCAGAAUCUCACCUCUGUCCUCGUUCAGCUUCAGCCAGUUCCAUCACUUCCCCAGCCCCAGCUCCCAAGGUGCCCGUGCGCAGUCGUAGCAUCGACAGAUUGAAGUCCUCUCUGUCUUCAUCUGAUGCAAGUUCACCAGAUUCAACCCAGAAAUCAGAAACAGAAAAGCCAUCACCAGGCUCUGGUUUAAGACGCCCUCCCUCUCCAUCUGUGUCUGCCCAGAGAAGAUCCCCUUCUCCUGCUCACCUGGGGAAAGGUCCUCCCUCACCUUCUGCAGUCAGGCAAAAGACUCGUCCACCUUCACCCAGCAUGUCAAAACAAAGGCCACCAUCUCCUUCUCCAGUCUCUAAACCAGCACCCAUCCAGCGCCCACCUCUCACCCCAGGGGUUAUGAACAUUACCAAAAAGAAAAGUGAAGCAGAGAGCAAACCAAAGGAGAAGGGCACAGAAGGACCAGGACAAGAACAAGGUGCUUCAACAGCCUUGGACAGGGACACAGUAGCAGCUGGCACAAAGACCAAAGAAGAAUCAGGUAGCAAAAUGGUAGCAGGGACCACCACAGCUGAGGAAGCUGCUAAAAUCUUGGCGGAGAAACGACGCCUGGCACGGGAGCAAAGAGAGCGUGAAGACCAGGAGAGAACUCAGAGGCAGGAAGAGGAAAGAAUCAGAGAAGAAGAAAUGGCCAAGAGAGCAACUGAGGAAAAGGCACAACGAGAGGAGGAGCUCCAGAAGCAGGAGGAAGACAAGAGACUGGUUCAUGAGGAGCAGCAAAGGCAAGCGGAGGAGGAGAGGAUCCGCCGGGAGCAGGAAGAGCAGGAAAAGCUUGCAGAGCUUCAACACCAGAAAGAAGAAGCUGAAGCAAAAGCUCAAGAAGAGGCCGAGAGACAGAGGCUGGAAAGAGAGAGAAUUAUGCAGCAAAAUAUGCAGGAGAGGCUUGAAAGAAAAAAGAGAAUUGAAGAAAUAAUGAAAAGAACAAGGAGGUCAGAUCAAAACGAAUCUAAGUUGCAGAGUGAAGGGAAGUCUGUCCCUGAGGCUAUGGAGGGAGAGGAUAUUGAAGAGGAGGAAGAGCUGGGUCUUGAGAAGGCUGAGCAACCAGGAAAGCUGAAUGGCGUUGACUUACCCCAGGAAGUCAGGGAGGAGGCAGAGGGUUGUUCAGAGGCUGCUCAUGGCUUGGUCUCUGUAGAACCUGAGGAACAAGAUGUGUCAGAGCUGAAGGGCACCGAGGUCUUCAUGAACGGAAGCAAUUUGAAGAGUGACGAGGGGUCUCUGCUUGUUACUGAACUCAAGGAUUCCAGCCAUCCUGCAAAGGAAAUGGGUCUGGGUGACUCGGUGAAGUUGGGUAUUAAUCAAGCUGAUCAGACAAUUGGACUCACUCAGAAUCUUAAUGGAAAAUCUGGUUCAUGGACUCUGGAGGAGCUUCUUGAUGUUGGAGUACAUUCCAAGGCAACCAGACUGAGCCUGGACAGCAUCUCGGCUCAUCACUGUCAUCAAAACUUGAAUGAUGCUGCUACGAUACCUCCUAGUCCCCAGCUGGGUUUUGAGGAAGAUGGUGCAGUGAAUUCUUUGACCAAACCUAUAGAUGCUUCAUCAGGUAAUCCCAGCUGA